AUGGACGACGCUGCGAUACGGACUCUUUGGGAAGAUGUACAACAUUUCCAAUACAAAACGCCGUCGUGUCGUUCCCUUUUACUUACAGAGAUGUACACGUACGGAAAGACAACUCAUUUUGAUUCCUCGCUGACACCAGUGUUGUCGAAAGACACUACACUUGCUGUUCUCUCACAAAUAUUCCAAGAGACUCAAGACCACCCCGAAUACAUUUUACUCACAAAAUUCAUUAAUUCGUACGACGGACUUAUCGACGUGUUACCACUUCUGCUCCCACAAAUUUCUAUUUUCCUCUCACACCUCGCAACAGACAAAACAACUAUUACCGUGUUGUACGCAGCCGCGCUCAUGGAGGUAUUUUACCUCAUUGUCUCCCCCAAUUUAAUCGACAAACAGCUCGCCGACUUCUUUACACACUUACCCGAGGACUUGCCAGAACUUUUGCAUUUGGCGUACAACAUCGCCAUACAAAACCAAAAGAAGGGUCCAUACAGUUUGCUAGUGAAAAACACGCUCUUCUUUUUCUAUUGUUAUUUUUCAGUGAAGGUGACUACAUUCCCACAGUUUGUUGAGGAAUUCAUCAACUCGAUAUUAUGGGACGGGUAUGGCAAAAGACAUGAAGGAGAAGACUGGGAGUUCUACGUUUCUCAUCAAAUUGGUCUCACACAAAUUUUGUUUGCAUUUCUCGUGCUGACUGAAAGUAAAAAUGAAGAAAAGAGGAAAGAACUUCCAAAAUUGUUUCUUCGCAUUUUCGAGGAUUUUGUCUUCACUCAGGAACACAUGCAAAUGAAACAAUUCGACAAAUUUCUUUUACCGAUUGUGAAAAAUGAGAAUGCCAAUUUCAUUGUGUUAGCUAUGGAACUUAUUGUGGAGCAAUUACCUCCAGAAGGUAGUCCGUUUGUGAUAGCCACUUUUAACAUCAUUUCCUCGUGUUUUAGAAAUGAUGUUUUGAUAUUAGAAACACGACAACACCUUGUGAAUACCAUGUUACUCCCAAAGAAUAUCGAGACGUUCUCAGUGUACCAUGAAUAUCACAUUCUUCUAAAUAACUUGGCGUCAUCUAAUCAAGGACAACUUUUCAGACAGUUUUACACCAACGAAGAUUACAAAAAUUGCAUCACAAAAAUGUUACAGAACACCAUCGAAAAGGUGACACCGGGUUUGUUGGUCAAUUUCUGUGUGUUGCUUGAGUUUGAGAAGAAUGUCAAUGAGAAAUUGCCGAUAUUGAUGCAUUGCAUCGUCCACUUUGUUGAACGUGAUCCAUCUCUGGCACUCUUUUGUGCAAAACAGCUCCACACUAUUGUGCAUCAAAGCUUUGUAAUAACUAAAGAAAAUGUGCACGCGCUCGUGGAUUUAUUCGACAAUUCGAUAAACAAGCAAGUCAUUUUCACCAUCAUCGAACUCUUUGCGACACUUCUUUUAAAUUUUGAGAAUCGAGUGAUCAUUAAAAGUGCGUUCAAUCAUAUCAAAACAAAGGUCAUUGGACUUGGCCCUCUCUUACAGACCGAAGUCCUCUCGAAAAUGUUUGUCAUGUUAUGCUCAAAUGCAACGAUUUUAAAUCGAAAGUUGGUCUGUGUUGAUACCCUGAGUUCUUCAAGUCCACCACUUAUAGUUACGUUUUCUUCAAUGUAUCCAUUAAUGUUAGAAUUGAUCAUUCAAAACAACACAAAAUACAUCCAGAAAGCGUUCACUGAUUUAGUCGCAGCGAACUCAUUUAACACUGCAAAAUUCUGUACUAAGUGUUUUUCUUCAUUGAUGCACAUCUUGGCACAAUUGGAUGACUCAGACACAAAGGAAUUUUUGGUUUCUCUUGCAUCCAUUGCCUUCACCCCGUCGUGUUCAGUUCAACAAAUGAGGUGGAUGAUGCGCGAAGCGAUGCAAUCUGACUCUUUCUUCUCCGACAACUUUGUUAUCUUAAAAAAGGUUCUUGAGGAGACGAGUUCACAAGAGUAUCAUUCCUUCUUCUUCCGAGGGUCUUCAAACAUUCAGAGUCAUUACCCGGCCCCUUUUAACUUAAAUCACUCGUCUAUUGUUCUGUGGUUCAACCCACAGACCAUCAAUGACACUCAACAAACGUUACUGACAUUUUCUUCUCCUGAAGGAAAUGCACUCUCCGUCUCACUUCUCGGUAAGUCGAUCAUAUUAGAAAUAUCAGACAAAAAUGUCUUCAAAACAUCCCUCGACAAUGUCAUUGGACAAGAUCAUUGGUAUUGCGCCGUAUUCACCUUUCAAACACUACAGAAGAAUCCACUCGUCUUGGUCAAUUCAUACAUUUUGGCAAUUGCGUCAGGAAAGGUCGACCAGAACUCUUCAAGUUGUUUGUUCUCGCAGAAUUUGGUGACGUUUUCAGAUGAAAUGUUUGGUGCAACAAAAGUGGGUGGCCGUCUUACCAACUUUUUUAUUGGGCACAUCUCCUCAUGUCUUAUUUUCCCUGCAACUCUCUCGAGAGAAAAUGUCGAACAAAUCAGGAAAAACAGUGAGACGUAUCGGUCACAGCCAGAGUUGUUUGGGCAGAGCACAAAGAAAGUCUUUUUAUUGUCAGUGACCCCUGUCGACGUGCAAAACUUGAUUUCCGAGACUCCAAUUGAGCUUGAAAAGACGCGCAUUGAAAUUAUCGAAAGUCAUUCAAACAUUCAUUCCUUCCAAAUGACGGGGUCUUUUAGGUACAUUUUCUGUGUCUAUGAGAAGCUGUAUGACUCACAAAAAAAUCUCAAAGUGCAGCGGAAAUUUUUGGAGCGGAAACGACAGAACUUCAGUCAGAGUGAAGAGGUCCAAAUAGCUCGCGACACAUCACUGGUGUUACCAAAAAAGCGUGUGAAGUGGAAUUUAAAAGAGAUGAAUACAAAUCUAUUUCGAAGCGAAAACGCACUCACAUUCACUCAACCGAACAAACAAAUCAGAAGUUUGAUUGGUAACAAUAGAUCAAAAAAGACGGAAGAAGUCAUUAAAGAGACUCCAGAGAGUAUUGCCCUUGAUGCGUUACUUUCGAUUCUUCUCUCUGUAGUGAAGAACCCCAAAAUGAAAGAAGAAUUUGAAGGUACAAAGUGUGUGAUGUAUCUCCAUUACUUACUUCUCAAACAUCCAACGAGUGGUAUUUCUGAAAGUAAUGUUGUGAAGUUGAUUCAACUCUCUGACAUUUUUAAAGAGGGAGAAACACAAAAGAAGUUCUCUGAGAUCUUCUUUGAUCUUAGAAUAUGGGCGGGGUGUCCAAUUGAUAUUCAAGUCUAUAUCAUUAGUAAAAUCACGUUUAUGAAGGGGGAAGUCGACGUGAUGCGAAUGGUUCUUAUGAUGGAAUUGACUGGACAGCCAACGGGGAUGGUGAAGAGUCUUCGAAGUAUUAAAGAGGAGGUGAAAGAUCGAGAGAAGGAGAUUGGUCGUGAAGAAAAGGUCGAGAUCCAUUCCAACUACAUCUCUGCGCUUUUCCAAGUAGCCAUCAACAAGAUAGGAAUUGAAAAUGUAUUAGCAUUCACACAUUAUUUGUAUAUGAUCAGAGACGAUGAGUUCAUACGAGACACUCUUGAUGUGUUGGUUAUCCAUUUGCACAACAAUAAAAAGGAGUAUCAGAUGUACAGCGAACAAAUUGUGAAUGGGUGCAUUAACAUCCAAUCGAUUGUCCCAUUCAAACAACAGUACAAAGUCCUUUCAAUCAUUUUUUUGUUUUUGGACGUUGUUAUGGUCAGCAACAUCAAUUUUGAUUACUCAACAAUCACUUUAUUGAUUCUGAACUGCAUCUUUGUGGCGAAGGAGUUCGACACAAAUUUGUAUUACUUACUCAUUGCACAACAACAGAAGGUACAAACCCUCGUCGAUGUCCCGAAGAUAUGCUUCUUCGGGAUGCGAUACGUCAAAUCACAACAGACAAGAGACGAAAUGUGUGAUAUGGUACACAACAAAACAGUUCAUGACAAUUUCCCAGUGACCGCUUUUGACAUCCCACAGACACCCCUUGUCAUGAUGAAUUGUAUUCAACUAGCAGAAAACAAGACAAAGUACUACAACUUACUUCGCGUAUUUAUCAUUAAAAAGAUGACUAAUUUGAUGUCGAAGAACGUUAUCAAAGCUGAAGAGUUUUCGGACUUCUUAAUGAGUGGAGCGUUUUACUUUAACGAACAGAUGGAGCUUCAGAACGACACAGAAAGCAUUUUAAUACUGUUCUUUGUCUUCGAGCAACUCAAUUUACAAAUCCGGCCAAAGGCACUUAAAUUGAAAGAGAAGGCGAUGAAAGAUAAGGGACUUGUUACACGAAUAGUGUGUUCGUAUUUCGCACGGAGUUAUGAAUUACUUCAUAAAGUGCAAUGUGAGUUACUUGAGAGGGAUGAUUUCAAUGAUGCGAAGUGUUCGAGUGGGAGAAGUUGUAUAAUGCUACUCCUUUCUUUAGCAAAAGAGAUGAACAAACUUCCCAAAGAGAAUAUGAAGAUGCAGAAUGGGUUUGGGAAGAGUCUUGGAAUUGACGACAUCAUCUUUCAUGCGUUGAUAACACUGUUGUACAUCUCUGUGAGAGACAAGAAGAGUCUUAAUGAGUGUGUCAAUGAACUCAUUCGAUUUGUGAAUGAACCCAAAUUUGAAGUGACGUUGUGUGUUGGGUGUUUUUAUGCACUGAAGAGUAUCACUGAUGUGAGUCAAUACAAUGAAGUGCGACGAAUAUUUCAGAAACUCGGCCCUGGCGUUGUAACAAAGAUAAAGAAUGAAGUGAGUUCAAUGCAAGAACAAGAGAGUGUCGAUACCACAGACGCAAUUUUGUUUUCUGAUAUCAUCAAUGGGAUGCCUGUAACAACAAGUGAGCUACCACGUGUAAGAGAGAAUGAGUGCAUGAAGCGAGUGAAGGAUGUUCUUGUGUUAGACGAAAAGAAUGGAAUGAAUUACCAACUCGAUCUGGAGACGAUCUUACUUGUUAUCAAAGAGAAGAAUUCUGAGUUUGGGAAAACAGUGAAUGCCACCAACAGUGUUAUCGUCAAGAAAUUUGGAGAAAAGCUGAAUGAGAUCCAACCCAUCAUUGAAUCAAAUAAAGGACAAAUAAAACGACUUGUAGAGGAACUCAAUGAAGACCUUUCACAAAAGGAAAGUGCGUGGAAGAGAUAUGUUGAAGGACGAGGAGAGUUCAGAGACCCAUUGUUACAUGACA